AGAGGGUGACCUCACCAUACCGGAGACGUCAGACCACAGCAGGAAGUUGAUGGUUCGAACUCGCAGCAAGAGGAAGUUUCUUUUCAAGGUUCCUGAGGAGGAGCGACUUCAGCAGAGGAGGGAGAUGCUCAGAGACCCUGAGCUCAGGUCGAGGAUGAUUUCUAACCCCACAAACUUUAACCACGUUGCUCACAUGGGACCAGGAGAUGGGAUGCAAGUUCUCAUGGACCUUCCUCUGAGUGUGAUGCCUUCCUCUCAGGACGACUCAGUGAAAGAUAAGCCCCGCCCCCUGUCCAGUAUCUCCCGGCAACACAGAAGCAAGACGCACAUCACCCGCACCGCAUCAGAUUUUGGGGGUGGAGCUCGCGGUGUCUCUGAACUCGACCAGGACCUGGACCGAGAGGUAAGCUGAUGACAUCAUCUAAACUG